UCUCCCCCUCCUCCACCCCCUCCUCUUCCUCUUAUUUCUCACCGCAUCUCCUCCACCACCUGCCACAGACAGCAGCGACGCAGCGAUGGAGAGCUGCAGCAUAUUGUCAUAAGCCCAGGGAACUAGACCACAUUUGAGAGAGAAAUAAAGACACACGCGUAGGAAAAGAGAGAGAAAGAGGGAGACAGAGAGAAAGAGAGAGGGACGGAGAGUGAGAGGCGGAAACACAGAAACAUAUGGUGUGCCUGUAGAGCGGCCGUUUCUGAGGACUGCUGAUCCUGACUACUGAAACUUAUUCACCCACAGUAAGCAACUCAAACCCUCUUUUUCAUCGUCAUUGGCAUUUCUGGACACUUUUCCCCUCGUGCUCCCUCACCUGUGUGCGCGGUGCUUCCACCUCUGAUUCAUUACUUUGUGCUGCUGGCUGGAUUGCGGCUGUUGUGCCUCCCUGUGUGCGCGCACGCACGCACGCACACACACACACACACACACACACACACACACGUACAAACGCGCACAGUGAUCAUCACAAGACGCGGUGCAGCCUCCAAAAGCUUCUUGUUAGGAGGAAAUCGAAUUAGACAAGUUAUUCCUGUACUAGGGGAGGACACGAGCGACUGGCUUCAGGCUUCCCUUCAUUUUGCCAGCACAACUUGUCUCAUUCAGGCCCACUUGGAGUCUACAGACAAGCCCUGCGCCUCCCACCUCCUUUUCUCGGUGAGUAGCCAUGUCUGGCCAGGCUGUGACCAUCCCGGACGACCGGUCGUUCGCCAGCUUCAAGUCGGAUUGUCUGUACGAGGAUGGCUGGAGUUUAAAAUACAACAAGGAGGGCAUGACGGUGUGGACCCAGCGUCUGGAGGAGGGGAAGUCCGUCCACAGAUUUAAGUGUCGGAUGGCCUGUAAGGAGGUGUCAGCUGAGACCAUGUAUGACGUUCUCCAUGACAUCGAGUACAGAAAGAAAUGGGAUACAAACGUCAUCGAGACCUUUGACAUCGGGAAGCUUACGGUCAAUGCGGAUGUCGGGUACUACUCAUGGACUUGUCCGGGACCUCUUCGGAACCGCGAUGUCAUCACGCUUCGCUCCUGGCUGCCGAUGGGGAAAGAUUACAUCAUCAUGAACUACUCUGUCAAACAUCACAAAUACCCUCCUAAAAAGGACAUGGUGAGAGCUGUGUCCAUUCAGACGGGCUACUUGAUCCAGUGCCAGGGACCCAAAAGCUGCACUCUUACUUACCUGGCCCAAGUGGAUCCACGAGGAUCAUUACCCAAGUGGGUUGUCAACAAGUCCACCCAGCUCCUCGCUCCCCGUGCCUUGAAGAAGAUCAACAAAGCCUGUUUGAAGUACUUAGACUGGAAGCAGAGACACAACCCUGGCCACAAGCCCUGGCUCUUCCCCGAACAGACUACAUUACCCAAUAUCCCACUGUCUGAGCUAAGCAUCCAGCACGCUGAAAGCCUGGAGAAUAUUGAUGAGAGCUCCCUGGCUGACACCCAGGAGAGAGAGGACAGCGACUAACACACACACUCACUCAAUCACACACAUGCAGUCACGUAUUCAUACAGAGAUGUACAAUAAUGCAGGGUUACAUGCAUGCCUUAUACACAUCGAUAAUUACACCUAUUUAUAUGUGAUUAUAUAUGUACAGGUGUGUAUGUAAAAUACAUGCACAUGCAUACUAUUCAUGUUGUUGCAUAUACAAUCACAUAUACUUUAUAUAUGUAUCUAAGCAUUCAUGCACACUGACAAACUCCAUUUCAUGCCUGCAUCCAUAAUGUAUGAUCCUAUAACAUAAAACAUGAAACAUAGAUGCACUCGCAUUUACACACAAGGGGCCACAACACUAUGUAUUUAUACAAUUCAGUAAACUAACAAUCCUUGUAAUCAGAUUAGGGGGUGUAACUGAGAUUUGUUAUGCCAGUUAGAGGGAUAUCAAUAUUUUCUAAUUUGGACCUAUGCAGAUUAUUGUAGCAGAAUAUAUUUACAUUAAGGUUUACGGUCAAAAUGUUUACAGACCUACCAAGCCGUGCACAUCUUGUCCUCAUUCACCAUAGACUCAAUGGAUCCCUGAGUUAUACUCUCAUUUAUUUCCUAGCAAUUAUCCAGCGCCACCCUUACUGCUUAUUCCUCUGAAUUAUACAUUAGCACACUGGGCAUAUACACGCAAAGUCUGUGUCCUUAUUCCCAUGUUGUCCCUCUAUCGCCCAUUAUGUCUCCAUCACAUUAUUGUGUAAGCACACUUAAUAAAAAAACACAGGUGUGCAGAAGGCAGCUGGAACCCAAAACCCAACCUGCAACCCCCUCAUACACACACGCACACACGCACACAAGCACACAAGCACACAUGCACACACACACACAAACAGAUUUAACACUCACACGUACUGUCUGCUCCUCUUUUUGAGAGAUGUAUGAAUGUAUGUAGAGUUUAAAAAUUAAAUACAGAUUCCUACAAAGGUUUUCAAAUUA